ACCCUUAACGCAAGUUACGCCUCAUGUGACGGCACCCUUAUUUUAGCAGCACGUAAAAUUGCACCUUUAGAUAUGAUGUAUAUUACAUCAUGAUCUUAGAGGGAACCCCCUUCAUCACAAAUCACAAGUGAUACGUGGACGUAGACAUUUUCUUUUCUGAAUGGCAGAAAUCCAUUCAGGAACAAAGAAAAUAUUAGCAAAAUAAAGUUGACAAAAAUUAAGUGUAUAUAUUUCGUUUUGUUUCUUUCUCUGGCUCUUAAACAAAAGACAGAACAAGAGAGAAAAAUAAGAGAACAUGGAACCUCAAGCGGAAGAAAGAGAGAGAGAACAAGAAGAGACAAGUGUAAAAAUAAAACUUGCCAAAUUACAUUGCCCAUUUACUUGGGAAAUAUUGGAUAAUACGGUAAAGCAUGAUAUAAUGCGGUUGACUAAUAUGGGUAAGAAUGAUGAUACAACUGAAAAUGAAGUCUCUUGUUCUUUGGAGAUGUUGAUGAAAUAUUUGUGGAAUAGUUAUAAAGCUGUAUUAAGUGCAGACAACGAUGAAGGAAUGAAAAUAAUUGUGCAAGCUGAAGAGAUUCUUAUGCAACUUCAACAAGAGCAACAAUCAGCUCGAACAAUAAGAGCGAUCGAACAUGUUUUUUAUGCGACAAAAUGUUUUCUUUUGUACGAUGCAGAAGAAAUUGAUCGAUUGAAAGAGAUAUUGGAAAAUAUUAUUGACAUGGAUGAUUUUAGUAAUGAAGAAUUGGGCACUUUAUAUGGUUGUCAAAGUGUCAUAUGGUCAUACUUAAAUGAAUUUGGUAUGGAAAAGGCAGUUGAGACUGCCAAGAAAGCGGUAGAGAAACACCAAGAUUGUGCAUUGUGGCACUUCAUUCUUGGAAAGAAUCUCAGACGUCAAAGACGUUCCAUAAACAUUUCAUCUAUUGUGUCAGAUACAGAGAAAGAGCAUUUUGAAAUAGCAUAUGCUAUAUCUAAAAAUCAAGUAUUUGGGAUUUAUUAUCUUCAAAUGAAAAUGGAAAGUUUUCAUAAAUUUGUUAAAAAAAGAGAUCAUUAUAGAGAUUAUAUGAUGAGAAAAAAUGCUAAUGAAAUAAAAAUAUUAAAAAUAGCUAAAGACAUUCUUGAAACAAAACCUACCAAUCUUAAGGUUUUGUUAAAAUUAACUCUUAUAUUCCUUCGUGCAAGCGUUUCAGAUGAAACAUUGUCGGCGAAAGAAUGUCUAGAUGCUAUAGAGCAAAUAGCGCCAAAUCAUUCUACGUACUUGCAUUACACGGCAAUGUUUUACAAGCUGUGUGGGGAUUAUAAGGAAGCUAUAAAGUAUUUUAAAAAGGCUGCCGAUUGCAAUAACUUUGUAGCAGAACUGUGUUACAUAGAAUAUGGAUGGGAAACAGGAGAGAUAGAGCCUUUACCACAUUUAUUAAGGAUGAUUAAGAAAUAUCAACAUUUAAUUGACGAACGACAAAUUGCAAUGCUUUUAGCAAUUGCAGUUAGUUAUUAUUCUCUUCAGGACAUAACAAAUGCAGCGGAAUAUUUAAAAGCUCUUAUGGUAGAUCCAUUAAAUAAAAAAUUUAAGGUAUAUUACAAAUUUCUCGAUUUUGAGACCCAAAAUAUAUUAUAUUUUUUAUGCAACAAGUUUUGUCCUCUUCUCGAGAGAAAAAAUUCUCAAGAGAUAAAUAAAAAAAUAAAAGAUCUUAUGAAUGAAGGAAUGAAAGACGAAAUCAAUUUAGUAGAAAAAUUUGGAAAUAUGAGUACAGGUAACGAAAAGUAAUCUGUUUAAAAUAUUUAAUUCAGUAGUAACAAAAAUUUGCCUUAAUAAUUUA